UUUUUUCCUAAAUAAAUAAUAAUAAUCUAUUUUCUACAAAUAGAUUAAACAAUCAUCAUUUUGUCGACAGAUUAUUCACUGGUAUCCAUUCCUUCACCUUCUUCGCUUCAUCAGCGACAGAACUCAAUCCAUGUUAAGCAACAACAAUUCCAUCGGAAAAAUUGGUUGAAGAAAAUGUCAUCAAUUCAGAAUAAAAAACGAGUUUUCAUCUCAACGAGCAUAAUCAUCAUUUUCCUUUUAUUACUAUGGGCAUUUAUACCAAAUGAUUCUUAUCAAUCUAUAAUUCAGUUUAGGAAUAUUAAUUCUGUAGAAGUUACACAAGACUUACUUUCAGAGCAUUGUUCAGUACCAUUUCCAGGAAAGCCACUCAUUCAAUAUGCAGUUAUGGUUGAUGCUGGUUCUUCUGGUUCCCGUGUUCAUAUUUACAAAUUUAAUUUUUGUAAAGAGGAACCAGAGCUUGAAAAUGAAGUCUUUCAUAUGUUAGAACCUGGUCUUUCUUCGUUUGAUGAUCCUGAAAGAGCAGCAGACUCCUUAGAAGAACUAUUUCAAAUUGCAGUUGAUAAUGUUCCCCUAAAAUUACAGCGGUGUACACCUAUUGCUGUUAAGGCAACAGCUGGAUUACGUCUCUUAGGGCAAGAGAAGAGUAAAGUCAUUUUAGAUACGGUACGUAGAAGACUUGAAACACAAUACCUUUUCCCUAUCUCAAGUGUAGAAAUUAUGGAUGGUAAAGAUGAAGGAGUUUAUGCUUGGAUCACGGUGAAUUAUCUUUUAGGAAAUUUUAAAUCAUCCUCUUUAUCACGAUCUGUAGCAACUUUUGAUUUAGGUGGUGCCUCUACGCAAAUCGUAUUCGAACCAGAAUUUCCUAUCUCUGCUGGCAAAGGUAUAAAACCUGGCGACCAUUUAUAUGAAUUGGAUUAUGCAAAUCAUCGAUAUAAUUUAUACCAACAUUCAUACCUUGGAUAUGGUUUAAAGGAAGCGAGAAAAAUGAUAAAGACAAAAGUAAUUGAAUUAUGGCAAGAUAGAUUACCUUUUGGGCAGAUCUAUCAUCCUUGCUUGCCCGAAAAUUAUACAGAAGUAAUUAGUUGGAAAAAUGAGAGUAUAUCGACGGAUAUUCAACUUAUUGGUACUGGUGCUGGACAUGCAGCUUGUCGUGGUAUUAUCGAAAAGAUAUUUAAUAAAGAAAAGGUGUGUCCAUUAGCACCAUGUUCAUUUGACGGUAUAUACCAGCCUCCUUUAGAGGAGACAUUCAUAGAUCGUGAUUUAUACGUGUUUUCAUUCUUCUAUGAUUUAACACAACCACUAGGACUACCUCAGGAAUUUACUGUACGCGAGUUUGGAGAAUUGGCAAACCGAGUCUGUAGUCGUGAUAUAGAGGCUCUUAAACAUGUACCUAAUGCCUUGCAUAUCUUAAAAGAAUCACCGGAUUAUUGUCUAGAUUUGACUUAUACACACGCUUUAUUGCGUAUUGGUUAUGAUAUCUCUCCUGAACGUAUAGUACGUACUGCAAAGAAAAUUAAUAAUGCAGAGACAGGAUGGUGUUUAGGUGCUUCUAUUGCUAUGCUUAAUAAUAAUCAAUUAUGUAGAGUGUAGUAGUUACAAAUAAAACUUUUAUUUAUUUGAUGCCAUAAAUAUAUACAUCUGUAAUAUAAUGCUUGCAUACAUACAUAAAAAAAAAGGGGGGGAGCAAUGCAUAAAUUAGUUAAAAUGUAUAAAUAAAUUAAAUUAAAUAAAGGAAAAAAAAUACACCUUUUGCCAAAAUGAUGUCGCAAGAAAAAAAGUAAAAAAAACCAGUGUUGCAUACUGGAUUUUGCAGUCAUUUUGCGUUGGUG